ACCGAGAGCGUAACGAUCGUUUGCCUUUACGCAAGGAAUUCAUCUUUCCCUUCAAAGAGAUCUCCGUCUUUGUCUUUUUCAAAGUCUCUUCUCCGUAUGUCAGUGUCUCAUCGAGUCGAUGUAUCGUUGAAAAAAAAAAGAAAGAUUAUAUCGAUGGAUGUUCGUGAUCUACUUGGAGAUAAUUGUUGUUGUAAAGCAGCAGAAUAAACUUGGCGAGAUGAGCGACACGAAGAUCGAGAAGGACACGGAGGCCUCGACCCAGAGCACGGAUGAUUAUGUGCUUCAUCUCCCACGUCCGCUCAAUCUCGAGGAGAAGAAGUACCUAUUGGCCGUGGAGAGAGGUGACCUACCCAAUGUGAAAAGGCUUCUGCAACUUGCAAAUAAGGGCAAAGGAGACCUGCUGGACAUGAAUUGUGUGGACAGUCUGGGUCGCGGUGCUUUGACGCUGGCAUUAGAAGCGGAAAAUUUAGAGAUGGUCGAGUUGCUCGUUGUGAUGGGAGUGGAGACCAAGGACGCUUUGCUCCAUGCCAUCGAUCAAGAAUUUGUAGAAGCGGUCGAGCUGCUGUUGGAACAUGAAGAACUUCUUACGGCGAAUCAAAUGACCGAGGAGACUGUCGAGAAGGAGAUUAUUCACAGUUGGCAGAAGGUUGAUCCGGCAUCGGCUAGAUAUCCGAUGGACAUGACGCCUUUGAUACUCGCGGCGCAACGUAAUAAUUAUGAGAUCUUGAAGCUUCUACUGGACAGAGGAGCCACUUUGCCGAUGCCGCAUGAUGUGAGAUGCGGCUGUGAUGAUUGCCUUCAGGCAGCCACCGUCGAUCCAUUAAGACUGUCAUCCACCAGAAUAUCCGAAUACAAAGCUCUAGCGAGUCCAAGUUUAAUAGCUCUAAGCUCUACGGAUCCUCUAAUGACAGCUUUUCAAUUGAGCUGGGAACUGAGAGAAUUAACCGUAUCGGAGCCGGAAAGUAGAGCCGAAUACAUGAAAUUACGGCGACAAGUGGAAAAAUUCGCAGUCGAUUUGUUGCAACAUGUUCGUACCACCAUGGAGCUGGAUACCAUCCUAAAUUAUGAUCCUAAGGAAGAGAAUGCCGAUCUCAGCAAACAAUUAGUUCGACUGGAACAGGCUAUACAAUAUAAGCAAAAGAGAUUUGUUUCGCAUUCUCACGUUCAACAACUCUUGGCAGCAAUUUGGUACGAAGGUGUUCCCGGAUUUCGAAGAAUGUCGACCAUGCAGAGAGUCGGUAUUCUUGUGAAGACGGCAGUUUUAUUUCCAUUUUAUUGUAUGAUGUACUAUCUGAUGCCCGAGUCAAAUACUGGACGACUUAUGCGAAGACCUUUCAUGAAAUUUUUAGUUCACGCGUCGUCCUAUUUAUUCUUUUUGUUUAUACUCAUGCUGGUGUCACAGCGUGCGGAAGUGGAAAUAGUUAGACUCCUGGGUACACAGGAAAUGAAGAAGAAUCUCGAAGCUUAUUUAGUUCGGCAAAGAGGAGCGGCUCCAACUCCUCUGGAAGGUAUCGUCGUGCUUUACGUCUUUGGAUUCGUAUGGGAAGAGAUAAAAGAGAUGUACAUAGACGGUCUAAAGUCUUAUUUACGGGACAUGUGGAAUUUUAUCGAUUUCACCAGAAACAUGCUGUAUCUGGCGACCGGUGUUCUCAGAUUGGCGGCUUAUCUUCAACAACGAACCGAGAUACAAAUGGAUCCGUCCGCCGCGCUGAUACCGCGAGAGAACUGGGGCGAUUUCGAUCCGCAACUGAUUGCGGAGGGUCUCUUUGCCGCGGCGAAUGUUUUCAGUGCCUUGAAACUUGUCCAUCUUUUCAGCAUCAAUCCGCAUCUGGGGCCGCUUCAGAUAUCGUUGGGCAGAAUGGUGAUCGACAUUGUAAAGUUUUUUUUUAUCUACACUUUAGUAUUAUUUGCCUUCGCGUGCGGCUUAAAUCAGUUACUAUGGUAUUUUACGGAAUUGGAGAAAAACAAGUGUUAUAGAGGAAUGUUGGAUCCCUCGUGGGACGCCGGCAGUGACGCUUGCUUAAGAUGGAGGAGAUUCAGCAAUUUAUUCGAGUCUUGUCAGAGUCUCUUUUGGGCCAGUUUCGGUAUGAUUGGCAUCGAAACUUUCGAACUCACUGGAAUCAAGUCGUAUACUCGAUUCUGGGGCUUGUUGAUGUUCGGAUCGUAUUCCGUGAUCAAUGUGAUCGUCCUGCUAAAUCUACUCAUAGCUAUGAUGAGCAACAGCUAUGCUGUUAUCGAGGAACAUUCUGAUACGGAGUGGAAAUUUGCGCGGACGAAAUUAUGGAUGAGCUACUUCGAGGAUAGCGGAACUCUCCCGCCGCCCUUCAACAUCUUUCCGCCCCCAAAGCUUUUCUUCCGAUUCUUCGGCUUGCAAAAGAAAUCCAUUGGUAGACGUUGCAGUAAACGUCGACGCGCACGCGAACACAAAUAUGGAGCUGUUAUGAAAGCAUUGAUAUGGCGAUACAUUGUAAACGCGCACAGCGAGCAUGAGAUGGAACCUGUCACUGAAGACGAUGUUCACGAACUUAAGACUGACCUGUCGUCCUGGAGAUGCGAACUUCUGGACAUUUUGCACAGAAACGGCAUGGACAUUGGCGGUGUCGAUAAAAAAGAAAAGACUGUACUGGGAAAGAAGAUGAAGAUCUGGGAACGAAGGCUCAUGAAAGACUUCCAAGUGUCAGGUCCUGUGAAUCCAGUUGACAGCGAUCUUCAGGAAGAAAUGGCUCUUCAACGACACGAAAACGAAACUAAUGUCGAAAGAUGGAAGAGAGUUGCCAGAUUGGCGGUAUUAACUUCAGCCGAACAUCGUUGGACUCAGGUCGUAAGAAGUGCAGUUAAAAGCUCGCAAAUCGGCAAGAGCACCAGCAAAACAUCGUUGCAGAGUCAACAGAGCCUGAAAAGAGCGAUGGAGGAGGCGAAACGUCUGGCACAAAAGAGUCCAGUACCACCAAUUGUCCCGGUCAAAUUGCCAGAAACUACAGCAGAGACGAUCCGGCAUGUUCUACACGAGAUCGUAAACGAGACUGAUAACGAUGAUGCUAAAACUUGGGAAAGCAAAACUCCGGAAACAAUUAGAAACGGAAUCGGUUCUCAACCAUUCAAGUCCAUUCUUCAGCCUAAAUCUACGUCCUCGAUUGAUUUCGUCAACGAGACAAUUAUGAAUGUUACGCCGUUGUUACCACUUCGCACAUCACCACCACGAGUGAUCAAGAGAAAAGCACCUGUCCCAUCGAAUACUCAAUCAUCAACUGAACCCUCAAUUUCUACUCAAUCUAUGCUUACUACAAGUACUACUUCACUUGUCUCUACUACAUCUGUAACUACUAUCGGCACUUCAAUCACUGCAACUACGACUAUUGUUACCGCCGCUACUUCUACUACUGCAAAAUCCACCACUACUGCUACUGUGAAAACUACUUCUAGCUCUUUCACAGAAAAUCAAAGCAAACCGGCAGCGAUUACUGUCAUGAAUACAUCAUCAUCCUUUGUCAAUGUCAAAGACGGAAACAGUUCAAUCAGAGCACGGCCAAAAGCUUCAUAUAGCCCUAAACUUUCAAUUAUUCCGUCAUUGACAGUUACCUCUGACAUCAACAAAGAUAAUGAUAAAGAGAAGCUUGUAGCCAUUACGUCGUAUAAUAAACCUUUGAGAGGAGGAUGGCUUUAAAUCUAAGAUAAAAGAUUAAAUUAAUCAAUUGCUGUAAAAUUGAUGACAAUUACAUUAUACAUGUUUAACAUAAUUUGUGACAAGAAAAUUAUUUAUAUACAGACGAAAAUUUAAAAAUGUUAUUUUGAUUCUUUUUAUUGAAGUUUUAAAUUAAUAUAAAAAUCAGUUUUUAGAUAAUCUUUACAUUUUCAAAAAGAUAUUUACAUUUAUUAUUUAAUCUAGUUAACUUAUUAUUUUUUUAUACAUACAUAUUAAACGUUAAAGAUCCCGAAAAUAAUUUGAAUUAUAGAGAAUUGAGACAUUUUUUCCGCUAAGAAUUAUUUUAUUUAAAAAGUUACAGAGAUGCAUUGUUCCAUAUAACUAUGUAUGUCAAAAAAAAAAAUUAAAGAAACGAAGUUUAUAUAGAUAAAGUAUUGUGUAUAUUUAUUUCCUUAAGACUAUAUAUAUAUAUAUAUAUGAAUAUAUCCUAUUAUAGCAAUUAUAUCCAUUUAUAUAGCAUGCUAUGACAAUAGUGUGUCGGCAGGAAAUGUAAUAUAGUUAAACAUGAUAUGAAAUUAAUACGCACAUAUACAUUGUACGAUGCGCAUUUUAAUAUAAUUACGAUACGAGUGAA